AGUAUAAUUGCCUUAAAUAUAUUAAUAUUAUAUAUAAUUUAUAUUACACAAAUUAAUAAGGUUAAAUAUCCUAUUAAAUUAAAUAUUACUAAUAGAAAUCAAGUUACUAAUUUUUAUAGUCCUUUAAAUAUAGAUAUGAUUAGUAUUAUAUAUGGUUCUUUGUUAGGAAAUGGUCAUGCUGAAAGACGUUCUGGUGGUAAAGCUACUAGAAUUUGUUUUUAUCAAGAAUCUAGUAAUGAAGAAUAUUUAUUAUAUUUACAUAGUUUAAUAGCUAAUUUAGGUUAUUGUAAUACUACAAUUCCUAAGAUAUCUACUAAAUUAAAAAAGAAUGGUAAAAUAAGAAAAGUUAUUAGAUUUACUACUUGAUCUUAUCAUCAAUUUAAUCACAUUCAUUCUAAAUGAUAUAUACCUAAUCCUCAACCUAUUAAAGGAAUAAGUAAUUAUAUUAAAAUAUUACCUAAGGAUUUAGAAUUAUAUCUAACUCCUUUAGCUCUUGCUAUCUGAAUUAUGGAUGAUGGGGGUAAAGUUGGUAAUGCUAUAAAAUUAAGUACUAAUAAUUUUACUUAUGAUGAAUUAUUAUUCUUAACUAGUAUACUUAAAAAUAAAUAUAAUCUUACUUGUUCUCUACAGUCUACUGGUGCUGAAUCUCAAUAUUCUAUAUAUAUAUGAGUUGAAUCUAUGCCUGAUUUAGUAAAGAUAGUAAAACCUUAUAUAGUACCAUGUAUGAAAUAUAAAUUUGGAAAUCAUAUAUAA